CUGGAACGAAUCACCAGAUUCCUCCCUCCGCUGAACAAGCAGCACAUCCCAGCUUUAGCGCUUGGACUCUCUACUCUGGCACUAUUGACAUACGCACUCAAACCGCACUACGCUGCGUAGCCCUUGCCGCGUUCUCUCCCCGGUCUAUCUGCUCUUCCGAGGAGCACGGCGGUCGACCUUGCCCUGCAUAUCUAUCCGGAGAACUUCUACGAAGGUGGACAAUGGGUCAACUUGCCGUAUGGGAGGACGAGGGUGUGGAUCAUGGGGCCAGAGGAUGGGCAGAAGGUCGUCAUCGUCCACGGACUUCAAAUGCCUGCCGUCGGAAUGAAGGAAAUGGUCAAAGAGCUUGUCAGUGCUGGUUUUAGGGUGUUGAUAUAUGAUAUCUAUGGUCGUGGGCAUAGCCACUACGUCGACAUGGAAUACAACGCUGCGCUCUUUACCACGCAGCUAGCUCUGGUUCUUCAAGCGGUCGGAUGGACGAAACCCGCCCUUGUCGGUCAUUCGAUGGGGGGCGCAAUUGUUGCCGCGUUUGCUAGUCAUUAUCCGCAUGUGGCAGGUGACCACGUCGUGCUCAUUGCUUCUGCUGGAUUGCAAAAGCCCAGUGAAUUUACCCCGGUUACCAGACUCUUGACAUCGCGUCUUUUCUCUUCUAUUAUCUCCACUUCUGCCUUCCGUUUCGUGGCUAACCUAUUGAUCGGACCUCGUUCCUCUCCCAGUCUGCCACCCACACCAGAUGGACUUGCAACCCGUCUACAGAUGAGAAAACUGCAACUCAUCGCUUUGCCCGGGUAUGUCAAGGCGAUAAUGUCAACAUUGAUCUACGGACCCUUGUGCAAUCAGAAGGAGUCCUUUGUCCAGCUUUCCUCCCGGAAAACACUGAUCAUCUGCGGAACCGAAGACGACCUUUGUCCCUUCCGCCUCUCCCAGGAGAUCAACCGCUUGGCUGUGAACUCCAAGCUAAUUCCUAUCGAGAAGGGCGGCCACCUGAUCCCUCUCACUCACGCAGAACAGGUCGCAGGCGCUAUCACCUCGUUCCUCAAAGAAUGAGUGUUCCCUACCAACCAGGUAAUGCAGCUCCUUGAGCUUCGUGG